GGAGGGUAUCGAAUUAUGUAAGGGUGAUGAAGCGUUACGGAUAUGGGUCGAUGCAAGGGUAUUCAUAGCGCGGCUUCCCCCGUGGAGAGGCCGUCGGGGUAUAGAGCCGAUGCCUUGAUUGCGAGGGGUAUAAGAUCUCACGUUGGAGGAAACGAGAACGUCUUCGGAGGAGGCAGGAAUGCUUCCAGCGCGCAGUCGUGGGAGAUAGGAUUGCAGAGCUGUCAUCAACUCAGCUACGCUUGGUUGCGAGCUGAAGUUGAAAGGAUUUGCUGAUGGAUGGAGAAAUGAAUAUAGGAGAUUAUGUAGUUCGGGUGGGAGUGUUGGCGGGUUCGUAAGCAGACCUGAAAGAGCAUGGAGUAACUUUGGAGGCAAUGAAGCAAACGCAUUUCUGCUUUGUGCUCCGGUUCCAGCGCCGUCCGGGGCUCGUGGAGUCAGGUGUGAAGGUCGCUUAGGGGGUGGACUGAGAAUUCCAUUUUGGGUCAGGUCGAUCGCAUCGUCUGCAGAACACCCAGUCGGGCGGAAGGGUAUAGCGGGAUCUAAUCCUCCAAUAAGGCCAGCCUUGCCGAAUAUCUUUUUCUGAGAGGCGAGAUAUCCCGUAGAUCUUGGUUGGGAAGAUCCUUCGGUGAUGUACCCAGAUGGUAAUCUAGGCCAGGGCCGCUUGGGAUGAGCUACCCACCACGAUCCCUGUCGAGCGGGAGAUGUGACAGACAAUUUUGUGACGAGGGCUCAUGAGCGCCCUGCCCAACCUCCCCUACGCUCCCUGCACGAGAUCCAUCUGCCGAUGAUGUGGUGUAUGAGCCGAAAGCAGAUGAAGAUGAAGAGGCUGAUUUUGGUAGAUGC